UUCGCCAGAACACCUGAACCUUUUCCUGUGUGUUUGCGGUGUCCAACGCGGUUACACUUUACUUUUAUUUGACCACGCUUCAGUUCAGAAGAACAAGACAGAGUUAAGAGUUACUUUCAGUAUAUGAGAAGCUGUUUCUGUCGUUUCCGCAGACAUGAAUUUUAAAAUACGGGCCGCGACGAAAGAAGACUGCAAAGAAAUAUCAAGAAUGAUCUUGGAGUUGGCAGUCUUUGAAAAAAUGCCUGACCAGGUGAAGAUAUCUCAUGAAGAACUGGAGCGUGAUGGUUUCUGCCAGAAUCCCUUCUUUGAGUGUCUUGUUGCAGAAGUGCCUGAGGAGAAUAAAUCUAAAGAAGGAUUCACAGUGGUCGGAUACGCUCUUUACUUUUACACCUACAGUACUUGGAAGGGACGGUCAGUAUAUUUGGAGGACUUGUACGUGAUGCCAGAAUUCAGAGGAAAUGGGAUCGGCAAGGGUUUACUGAGCAAAGUGGCAGAGGUGGGGAAAAAGAAGCAGUGUGUGCGGCUGCAGUUAUCGGUGUUGGACUGGAAUACUCCUGCUCGGGACUUCUACGCUGCUAAAGGAGCUCUGGAUCUCACUGACAGUGAAGGCUGGCACUUCAUACGAUUUGAUAACCAAAACCUGGACCAUUUAGCAAAUGAAGCACCAAAAGAUUGAAAUAUGAAACAAAUGUGACUGGUAUAUAUGUUUUUUUUUAUCUUUUGUAAGGCUCGGCCAAAAUAAGCUUCACAGCCAUGUCUAUCAUGGUUGCAGUUCAGUGCAGAGUUCAAAUUUACAAAUCUGUUUGCAGACAGAAUUUUCUUUAUAAUCCCCCCCCCCCAAAAAAA